CUCCUACUCCACUCACUGCUGCUGCCACUCAGCAGUGAUAUCUAUCUAUAUCUAUACUCUCUCUUAAAAGAUUCGACCCGUUUCCUCUUCUUCCAUUUCGGAUCCAUUCUUCAAUUUUUGGAUCAUAGUCUUGAGUAAUGGCGGAUCUUGAGGCUCCAUUAGUGCGCCCGAAAAGGAAGAAGGUGUGGGUGGACUAUUUUGUCCAGUUUAGAUGGAUUCUUGUUAUCUUUGUGGUACUUCCCAUCUCUUUCACCCUCUACUUCCUUACGUAUCUUGGUGACGUUAGAUCUGCCUGGAAGUCCUAUGAGAAACGCCAAAAGGAACAUGAAGAAAACGUCAAGAAAGUUCAGAAACGUCUCAAGGAAAGGAACCCGUCAAAAGAUGGUCUUGUUUGCACAGCCCGAAAGCCCUGGAUUGCAGUUGGAAUGAGAAAUGUUGACUACAAACGGGCUAGGCAUUUUGAAGUUGACCUUUCGGCUUUCCGUAACAUUCUUGAAAUAGAUCAAGAAAGAAUGAUUGCUAAAUGUGAGCCAUUGGUCAAUAUGGGUCAAAUCACACGAGCUACUUGCCCAAUGAAUCUUGCUCUAGCUGUUGUUGCUGAGCUUGAUGAUCUAACUGUUGGUGGGCUCAUAAAUGGCUAUGGAAUCGAGGGAAGCUCCCAUUUGUAUGGUCUUUUCUCUGAUACCGUUGUGGCUUAUGAGAUCGUUCUAGCUGAUGGCAGAGUGGUUCGAGCCACAAAGGACAACGAGUAUUCCGACCUUUUUUAUGCAAUUCCAUGGUCUCAAGGAACUCUUGGGUUACUGAUGUCAGCUGAAAUCAAACUUAUUCCCAUCAAGGAAUACAUGAAGCUAACAUACAAACCCGUUAGAGGCAAUGUAAGAGAUCUUGCACAAGGGUACAUUGACUCUUUCGCCCCUCGAUUUGGGGACGAUGACAAUGAAAACACACCCGACUUUGUUGAAACAAUGAUUUACAAUCCUCAUGAGGGCGUUUGUAUGACUGGAAAAUACGCUUCCAAAGAAGAGGCUAAAAUGAAAGGGAAUACAAUCAAUAGUGUCGGUUGGUGGUUCAAGCCAUGGUUUUACCAACAUGCUGAAACAGCUUUGAAAAAAGGAGAGUUUGUGGAAUACAUACCGACUAGAGAGUAUUACCAUAGACACACUCGGUGCUUAUACUGGGAAGGGAAACUUAUCCUUCCUUUUGCUGAUCAAUUUUGGUUCAGAUAUCUAUUUGGCUGGUUGAUGCCCCCAAAGGUUUCUCUUCUUAAGGCCACUCAAGGUGAAGCCAUCAGAAACUAUUAUCAUGAGAUGCAUGUUAUUCAAGAUUUGCUUGUUCCCCUUUACAAGGUCCCUGAUGCCCUGGAAUGGGUCGAUCGUGAAAUGGAGAUUUAUCCCCUUUGGCUAUGCCCACACAGACUCUACAAGCUCCCAUGUAAGACAAUGAUAUACCCUGAGCCAGGGUUUGAGCAAGAAUGCAGGCCAGGUGAUACAGAGUAUGCACAAAUGUACACAGAUGUUGGAGUCUACUAUACACCAGGACCCGUGUUCAGGGGUGAGGUAUUUGAUGGUGUUGAGGCGGUUCGUAAAUUGGAAACUUGGUUGAUUGAGAAUCACGGAUUUCAGCCACAAUAUGCUGUUUCAGAGCUUGAUGAGAAGAAAUUCUGGAGGAUGUUUGAUGCAGGGCUUUAUGAGCAAUGCAGGAACAAGUAUGGGGCCGUUGGAACUUUUAUGAGUGUGUACUACAAGUGUAAGAAAGGUAAAAAGACCGAGAAGGAGGUUCAAGAAGCCGAGAAAGCUGAAGUAGAGACAGCUUAUGCUGAAGUUGACCAGGCAGAAUAGAUACCCAGAUUUUGGUCUGAGAUUUUUGGCGUUAUACCGCUGUUGUUCAAGAUUUUAGUUUGCUUGUAGUCAUUGUCCUGUCUUUCUCUUUGUUUGCAUUGUUUAGGUGUUGGUUUCAUGUGGACCUUCACAUAACUUGGUUUCUUUAGCAUCAGAAAUAGACUUGGGUUCAUUUUA